AUGAAUGUCAAAGAACUGACGUGGUACCACCACAACUAUCUUCCAGAGUGGACCAGCAGGUCCAAGACAGUGGCCCUAAGGAAUGGCAGCACAGUGACAGAGUUCAUCCUUGUGGGCUUUGAGCAGAGCUCCUCUUCCACUCGGGCACUACUCUUUGUCCUCUUCCUAGCCCUCUACAGCCUUGCCAUGGCCAUGAAUGGCCUCAUCAUCUUCAUCACCUGGACAGACCCCAGGCUCAACAGCCCCAUGUACUUCUUCCUUGGCCACCUGUCCUUCCUGGAUGUCUGCUUCAUCACCACCACUAUCCCACAGAUGCUGAUCCACCUGGUGGUCAAGAACCACAGUGUCUCUUUUGUCUCUUGCUUGACCCAGAUGUACUUGGUCUUCUGUGUGGGUGUGGCUGAGUGCAUCCUCUUGGCUUUUAUGGCCUAUGACCGUUAUGUUGCUAUCUGCCACCCACUCAGCUAUGCCCAGAUCAUGAGCCGGCAGGUCUGUGUGAAGCUGGUGAGUACUGCCUGGCUCUUUGGGCUGAUCAAUGGCAUCUUUCUUGAGUAUAUGUCAUUCCGGAAUCCCUUCUGUAGAGACAACCACAUAGAAAACUUCUUCUGUGAGGCCCCCAUAGUGAUUGCGCUGUCUUGUGGAGAUCCCCAGUUUAGUCUGAGGAUGAUCUUUGCUGAUGCCAUUUUGGUGCUGCUCAGCCCCAUGGUGCUCAUUGUCAUCUCCUAUGCCCGCAUCCUGUCCUCCAUCCUUGGCAGAGCCUCCUGCUCAGGUCGAGGGAAGACUUUCUCUACUUGUGCCUCCCAUCUGACUGUGGUUCUCCUUCUGUAUACCUCUGCCAUGUUCUCUUACAUGAACCCUCGCAGCACACAUGGCCCUGACAAAGACAAGCCUUUCUCCCUCCUCUACACCAUUAUCACCCCCAUGUGCAACCCCAUCAUCUAUAGUUUUCGAAACAAAGAAAUGUUAGGAGCCAUGGUGAGGGCCCUUGGGAGGAUCAGCCUGGCCCAGGAUGAGUCUGUCUAG